AUGGGCAGCCACGGGAAGGCGGCGCGCUGGUUCCCCAACCUCAGCCACAACCACCGUUCUUCGUCGUCCUCCGCCAGCCGGAACCCUAGGCCGGUGACGCCUCCGCCGACUGAUGUGGCGGCGUCGGUAGAGAUUCCGAGGGAAUUCGUCUGCCCCAUCUCCGGACGCCUGAUGGCCGACCCCGUGAUCAUCGUCACCGGCCACACCUACGAGCGGAGCUGCAUCCAGGCCUGCAAAGACCUCCGCGUGGUGCCUCCCGGCGCUGGCGAGGUUUCCGCCGCCGAUCUCCUCAUCCCCAACCUGGCCCUCCGCGCGGCCAUCUUCAACUGGUGCGGCUCCCGCGGCCUCGACCCCCCGCAGGCCGUGGAUCCCUCCACCGCCAAGCUCUUCGUCCGCGACCUCCCCUCGUCCUCCCCUCCCCCCUCUGCAACAGAGGGAGAGAGGGGCAGGAGAUCUCCUAAGACCUCGAUCGAUUUGAGCCCCCAAAUCUUCCAUUCCCCGACGAAUUCCUCCUCCAACGUCGCCACCACCACCUCCUCCUCCUCCUCCGACAUCCCGCCCUCCGAUCAAAUCUCGCCUUCUCCAGGCUUGGGCUUGAGCCACCCCUUGGGCAGGGAGAUCCUCACGGGGCUCAAGGCGCCGCAGAUCUCGGAGCAGGAGGAGGCGGUGCGCUUCCUCCGGUCCUCCACGCGGGACGGCAGCGGCGACAACCGGGUCGCCCUCUGCGACGAGAAGAUCCUGGCGGCGCUCCGGCCCAUGAUCCUCUCUCGCUACCCCUCUCUCUGCCUGCACGCCGUCGCGUCGCUGGUGAACCUCUCCCUCCACCCGCCCAACCGCGUCCGCAUCGUCCGCGCCGGCCUGGUUCCCCCCCUCGUCGACGUCCUCAAGAACAGCGCCGUCCCGGAGGCGCAGGACCACGCCGCAGCCGUGCUCUUCAGCCUGUCCGUGGAGGACGACAACAAGGCCGCCAUCGGCGUCCUCGGAGCUCUCCCCCCGCUCCUUCACCUCCUCUGCCGGAACCAGGCGGAGGAACGGACGCGCCGUGACGCCGGGAUGGCGCUGUACCACCUCUCCAUGGCCGGCACCAACCUCUCCAAGCUGGUGAAGCAGGGCGCCAUCAAAUCCCUGCUGGCGCUGGCGGCGGCGCCCCCGGCGGAGGCUCACUCCCUGCCGGGGCUUGCGCUGAUGAUCGUCUGCAACCUCGCGUCGUCAAGGGAAGGCCGGGAAGCGAUGAUAGAGGGGGGGGCGGUGCCGGCGCUGGCGCGGCUGCUCAGGGCGGUGCCACCGGCGGCGGCUGCGGGGAGGGACUCGGAGGUGGAAUUGAAGAAGGAGUACUGCGUGGCGGCGCUGUACUCCAUGAGUAAGGCGACGAUGAGGUUCCGGGGGAUAGCCCAGGCGGCGGGUUUGGAGGAGGUGCUGCGGGCAGUGGAUCAGGAGGAGGAUGCGGCGGCGUUGGCGGAGGAGGAGGACGGGGAGGCGGGGGCACCGGAGAGGGCGAAGAAGAGGAGGUUCAGGGAGAUGGUGAAGAGGACUCUGCGGGCGACCUGUGGCAUCGCCGCCGGCGACGACGACGACGGCGGCAGCAGCAGCUGCGGCAGCGGAGACACCCCCGGCUCGCAGGCCUUCGGCACCUACUCCGAGCCCAUCCUCCGGAUGCACUCCUCCUCGGUCAACGCCCACGCCCACGGGUCCAACACCACCCAGUUCUAG